AUGACGAAGCUCUGCUCUCACGCGUUCGCGUCGUCGCUAGCCCGCCAGGUCGCCCGUUUCUUCGCAGCGUCAGCAAACUCAGCAGAAGCGGCGACGGCGGGUGCGGCAUCGCCGGUUCCUAAGCAGCAGACGCUACGCGCCGCGGCGGCGACUUCUCACUGGAACGAGCUCUGGGAGAGCCCGUCGGCAUGCAGCGGCGGCAGCGCGCGUUCGUUUCAUGGCCGGGUGAACGCGCCGCCGCCGCCGCCGCUGGCGCCGGCGUCACAGCAGCAGCGGCAGCAGCCUUCGAUCACUCGCAUCAGCGCGACGAGCAGCCUCACCACCACUCGGGGCGUCGCCUCGGAUGCUGCGGCGCAGAAAACGGCGAGCGGGGUAGCAGCGGCGCGGGCGCCGCCGCCGACGAAGGAGUGGCACCUGGUGCCGCUGGGGUACCGGCCCGCGCACGCCGUGCCGCUGCAGGAGCGCAUCGAGGAGAUGUGGGAGUCGCGCGUCGGGCGUGGGGAGGAGCGACACGUGGGCCGGGAGGGAGUGGAGAGGAAGAAGAGCGGCGAGGGAGCGGAGGAGAAGGGAAAGGAGGAGGAGCGGCGCGAGCUGGAGGCGUUGAAUUGGGCGUUUAGUCAGCUGCCCGUGUCCGUGUUCCCGUGCCCGCAUAAAGCUUCUCAGCUUCCUCCUGAGCUGUACCUCGCCUUCCUCUCUUUUCCCUGCCAAUCCCUCCACUUCCCCUCCCUUUCCGUCCCUCCCCUCCCGUCCCCUCCCGCUCUCCUCCCCCCAGUGCUCGAGAUCCCUUCCGAUGCCCGUCUGUCAGACGCUCUGCGCAUGCUGCAGCAUGCGGGCCUCACAGCAGCGCCAGUCAGGGACGUGGGCGUGGGGGACGAAGCGCCCUUGCAGCAGCGGUACCUGGGCAUGGUGGACGGCGCCGGCAUCGUGCUGUGGGUCAUGGGGCAGGUGAGACGUGACGUAGGUGAUGCGUGGGUUGGGUCGAUCCGUUCAUCCAUAGAGGUGCCGAUGGCAGCAGCAGCAGGCGGGGGACUGACGGGUCUGGUGGGACUGGUGGGACUGGCGGUGGCAAGGCUGGGCAGAGCAACACCACUGCUCGACCGUUCAUCCAUUGAGGUUAAGAUGGCAGCAGGCAAGGGGGGGGCUGGCAGGGCUGGCCUCGAGCGUUCAUCCAUUGAGGUGAAGAUGGCAGCGGCAGCAGGGGGGGGGCUGGCAGGGCUGGCGUUUGGAGGGCUCGGGGCAGCCGCAUUGGGCGCGCCAGAUGUUGCCACGCUGGCAGCCAUGUGGGCAGGAUCGAUGGCGGGAGGGCUGCUGGGCGCCACGUCAGCAGAGGCGCCAGGGGAGGGGGAGGCGGGAGGAGGGGUGGAGCGAUUGAGGGUGUCGGCAGGGGGGUUGGAUCGGCUGUUGCAGGGGAACAUGUUUCAGACUGCUAAGGUGUCUGCUUUUGAGUCGACUCAAAAGCCUUCAACGUCCUGCCUCCUCCCACAGGUGUCUGCUUUUGAGUCGACUCAAAAGCCUUCAACGUCCUGCCUCCUCCCACAGGUGUCUGCUUUUGAGUCGACUCAAAAGCCUUCAACGUCCUGCCUCCUCCCACAGGUGUCUGCUUUUGAGUCGACUCAAAAGCCUUCAACGUCCUGCCUCCUCUCACAGGCGUCCUUCAACGACUCAAAGCUCCCCCUUCAACGUCCUGCCUCCUCUCACAGGUGUCGGACCUUGUGGGUUCGUUCCGCUGACGCUCCUUCUGACUCGACCACCCAUGCCCCCCUGUUUUUUUUUUCCUACGGCUUUCCCUCUCUCGACGCCUUCCCACAGCUGUCGGACCUGGUGGGCUCUUUCCGUUGGCGCUCCUUCCUGCCCCUCGCCUCCUCCGACUCGGUCCUCUCCCUCAUGCUGCUCCUUGCCAUGCCCCACCGCCCCCAAGUGCUCCCCAUCGUCACCUACCCUCCCACCUCCUCCGCUCCCUUCUCCUCCUCCCCUUCCUCAGCCUCUCCCACCUCGUCUCCCGAGCCUGCAGCUGCAGCUUCGUCAGCAGGCUCGGGGUCCGCCCUGGUGCCGAGCCUGUCUGCGCUGGUGUCGCAGGCAGAUGUGGUGAAUUUCCUGGCGGAGUGUGACGGGCAGCCGUGGUUCGAAUGGGUGGCGGGGAGGAGUUUGAAAGACAUGGGGCUGCCAAGAAUGGGCGCAGAAUCGACUGUCAAGGUGGAGGAGUCAGACCCGGUGGAGGAGUCGGACCCGGUAAUGGAGCCGUUCCGUCUGAUGCUGCAGCAUGACAUUGGUGGAGUGCCCGUGGUAGCGCCGGGGACCAAUCGCAUCACGGCAAAUGUCAGCGCGAGGGACGUUCUGCAGCUGCUUACGUCUCCGCAUCUUGCAGAGCAACACCAUAUCAAGCCGCUUACGGUGGCAGAACUGGUGCACGAUGCGCAGAGGCCGCAUCACGGUGCUGCUGACGUCAUCUGGCCAAUCAUGGUGCCGCCCGUGACGUGCCGCUUGUCCACGCCACUGCGCGAGGUGAUCCACGCGUUCCGGGUGGCACGCGUGCACCGCAUCUACGUCACCCGGGAGCCGGAAGAGGGGGUGGAAGGAGGAGAGCUGGUGGGAGUGGUGACGCUGCGGGAUGCAAUUGGACGGUUUCUGGUGAGGCAGGAGGAGGGAGAGACACGGGGAGAGAAGGUAGAGGAGCCGGUUCCAGCCAGCACUGAGGUUGGUUCCGAUGGUCUCAGCCUGUAG